AGACUGUUGAGUUUUGUUUUCCAGGGAAUAUCCGGGUGUGAGGGCGCUGCAUAGCUUGCAACUGAGAAGGAAUGAACGCUACAGUAUAUUUCGGACACAAUUUGGUUCUUCAGUCUUCAAAAACGCGUGGUCAGUUGCUUUGAAUUCAGCAAGAAGGAAGAGAAGUGGGUGUUUGUACAGGGCCUACAACAACAACAACAACAACUCAACUGCAACAACAAUGGGUAUUAAUAAGAAGGCUGUUGCUGGUGUUGUGGGUGUAGUGGGUGUCGCAGCUGGAGCAGUUGGAGCUGUUGCCGUGGCGCCUUUCGUUCUGACAGCCGCGGGUUUCACAGGGGCUGGCAUCGCAGCAGGCUCUUUCGCCGCCAGCAUGAUGUCAGCGGCUGCUAUUGCUAACGGAGGUGGAGUUGCAGCCGGGAGCUUAGUGGCUCUCCUCCAGUCAGCAGGAGCGAUUGGAUUGUCUGCGGGAGGUACAGCUGCCGUGGCAACGGCAGGGGGUGCUGUGGGCGGAGCCCUGGCAGGUGCGGGCGCAUGGAUGCAGGGAGUGUUUGGAAAGAAGAAAAAAGCUCUCAACGCUGCCCCAAUGCCUCCCAACAGUAAGAAGCACCCCAAGAAUCAUGCCAAAGAGGGCUCCAUAGACACCACUGAUGAUGAGUCUGAAGAUGAACUGGAGAUUAAUAUUAACCUCUGUGAUAAAGUGGAGAAGGCAUCAGUGACAACCAAUCAUGAGUGGCCAUAAUUUAUUGCAUUAUUAUGUCUUUUGAUAUUCAAAAUCUGUUUAAAAAUAACUACAAUGUCUGAGCACUAUUGAGUGGGAUUGUUACUGGGUAUCUAUGAUUUGUUUGGAUAUUUUAGUAUAACAAGAAGAACAUGUUUAAUGAGUUUAAUGAGGCUUUAAUGAGCAGUGGGCUUUUCAUCCUCCAUCAAAUUGACCAGAACUGAACUGGUGAUGGUAGCUUAGUAAAUGUUAUGCAAAAUACACCCUCUUGUUCAUUAUUGGCUCUGAUUAAUAACUAUGCAAUGAUAUUUUUUUUUUAUCACUUGAGAUGUAUGAUAUGUUGCAAACAUGGAAAGAGGGCUUCUGGUGUUUUCUGUUUGUUUAUUUUGGUCAGAUGGGAGAUUGAAAUUCUCAUGAAUAAAAUUCGUUAUAGUUUUAGAUCUCA